AUGGAUUUCGAUCGGCAGUUUCUUUCUGAUUGUGCUCCACCUCCAGCUGCUGCUACACAGAGCCACCCCGCCGGAAGUAACGGCUGCAACAGCUGCAGUAGCAGCAGAAGCUGCAGCAGCAGUCGAAGCCUCAGCAGCAGCAGCCGCAGAAGCUGCAGCAACGGCUCUAUCGGCAGCAGCUGUCAUUCUGUCUUCGACCCCAGUAGCGCAGACGAGGCGGACGCCACCCGAGGGGCAAAUAGCAGUAGCAGCAACACCAACAGCAACAGCAGCAGUAGCAGUAGCAGCUGGCGUUGGCAGGCGCUCGUCCCGGCUGCCGCCGUUCGUUCCUUGUGCUGCUGCGGAGACACAGGGUCCAUAUGCAGCUGCAGCACCUGCAGCAGCUGUGCAGCACGACGCAGGCAGCAGCGCCGCGAACGCCAUCCCAAAGUAGCCCCCACACAAAGCACUGCAACAGCAGCAGCAGCAGCAGCAGCAGCAGCGGACUGGGAGUUACUUGAUCUGCAGGCAGCAGCAGCAGACGACUCUCGCUGCUGCCGCGUCCAGUUUGUGCAACGGAGACGCCGCAGCAAACUGCCGCAGCAGCGGCUUGAAGCUGAGCUGCAGCAGGCGCUGCUGCUGCUGUACGGAGACCCUUUCGGGCGGCUUCCGCUGCAGCUGCGGUGCUGCUACGGAGAUGUCGCAGAUGCCCUGCAGGACUUGCUGCUGUACCCCUGCUGUGGAGGGGGGUCCAGAAAAAACCUCACAAAAACCACCUGCAGCAGCAGCAACAACAGCUGCAGCAGGCGCGCGUUGACCAGGCUACCCCCACAGGUUACAAUCAGCAGCGGCCCCUUAAUUUCGACCGGCCUGCAGCCUCCUGGCCUGCGAGUAGCAGCCUUCACAGGAUGCAGCAACAGCAGCAGCAGCGGGUGUAUCUGCUGCUUUGGUGAUGGUGCAACACCCGACCUGCGGCACCUUCAGAAGGACAGCAGCAUUUCAAACUGCUUCGGGCAGCUAUCUGAAACAGCAGCAGCAGCAGAAACGGCGGCAAAAGUAACAGCAUCAGGAGCAGCACAGGGAACAGCUGCUACUGCUGGAGGUGGUUCGUGUGUGUUGUGUCAGUCGACGUUUCAAGAAAAGGCCCGGGCUGUCUACUGCCCUCAGUGCGGAGUGUACGUACACCUGACGUGCGCUGGACGCUACGCCCUGCAGCAGGAAGCAGCAGCAAGGCAGCACCAGCGGCGAGUUGCAGCGUCAUCGUCCGUUGCGCGGAAAGCAGCUGCAACAGAAGCUGCUGCUGCUGCCGCUGCAGCAGCAGAUGACGAUCUUGACGAGGCAUACCGAGUAGUCCCUUCUUAUUGGUGGUGCUGCGCAUGCAGCCGCAGAGUUUUUUGGGGAUUUGUCUUAAACCACUUAUAUGAGCGAUGCAGGAACAGGUCCGCAGAGGAAGCAGCAGCAGCACAGGCAGUAGCAACUGCUGCUGCUACUGCUGCUACCGACUUUGCUGCUGCUGACGAUGGACAGGAUAUCGGCGAGAGUCCAGCGAGCCAGGCAACAUUAGCAGUGUUAGCAGCAACACCGGCUGCUGCUGCUACUGCUGCUGUUAGCGUCGACAACGGGGCAUCAGGGCGUGGAAGUAGGUUUGCUUCCAGUGCAGCAGCAGCAUCUCAACGACUUGCAACUGCACAGAGGAAACGCAAGGCACCAGCUGCUCUGACGGCGCUUACCCAGGCUGCUGCUCCUGCUCCUGCUCCUGUUGUUGCUGCUGCGUCUGCUGCUGACGGCGGCAGCACGGCAGCUGCCUUCGCGUCGCCGGAAAACAUGAAGGAGAAACCGUCAGCUGCACUGUCCUCCCGUCACCCUCUGGCCAGUGAGAACAGCAGCCACAGCAGCAGCAACAAUAGCAGCAACAACAACGCUGUGCUACGCAUUCCUCCAUUGCUAGAGCGCUUAAGGCUUGUGGGUAGCCUCAGUCAACGGUAA